GUAUCAUAAUGCUGCAGUAAAUAAUCGGUCGAAUAUGUUGAACGCUGUCUCGGUUCCUCAAACGGCUCAACCCCGAUCAACGAUGGAUACGAGUGCCUUAUUUCGCAAGCUCACGUGUGGCGUCAAGUUCUCUUCGAAAAAUAACUCGCUUAAAAGAAAGCUUCCGGCUUCGAAGGAUCUCGAGCAACGCUCGGUGAUAAAACUCGAAAUCAAACAAGAGGACGAUUCGGAUGAUAACGACGACGAGCCGAAGGUGAGUCAAGUUCCAGUCUUCCCACACAGUCCACUGGUACUGAGUGAGGAGGAAAUCAAGGACGAAAUAAAAUCGGAAGAUGAAACCGAACAAAAACGGGUAAAGUUGAUGUCUCCGGAGAAACUGAAACGCUACCAGCAGUACCAGAUCAACAGGCUCCGCAAAGCGCAUCAGAUUAGGCUAAAAAAGUGCACCGUACCCAUACCGGAUCCGAUUGAAAGUUUCCAACAGCUAACGUCUACCGAAGGGUACAAUGUAUCGAAUCUGUUGCUGCGCAACAUUUACGAAUGUGGAUACAAAGCUCCAACACCGGUGCAAAUGCAAGCCAUUCCAGUGCUGCUCGAAGGUCAUGCACUGAAUGUUUGCGCCCCGACGGGGUCCGGUAAAACUGCCGCCUUUCUUAUUCCGAUUAUACAUCAUUUGAAAAAACCGAUGAAGUGUGGAUUUCGAGCACUGAUUGUUUGUCCCACCCGCGAGCUGGCGAAGCAAACACAGCGGGAAGCAUUGCGGCUUUGUGAGGACAUAAACCUCCGAACGCACGUGAUCACUAAGGUGGACGAAUCCAGCACCGACUAUGGGUUGGAAAGUAAGAAACACUAUGAUAUUUUGGUAACAACACCAAACCGGGUUUGCUUUCUGGCCAAUCACGAUCCACCGCUGAUUGAUUUGAGCAAUAUUCAGUACAUUGUUGUGGAUGAAGCGGAUAAGCUUUUCGAAGAAUCAAAGAAUAGUUUUCGAGAGCAGUUGGACGUCAUCAUGCAGGCAUGUACGAACCCUUGCAAAGUGGUUGCCUUCUUCAGUGCCACCUCGACACGGGAGGUUUCCGAUUGGGCCGGUUCCAACAUGCUAAACCGGGUUCGGUUUUCGAUCGGUACGACUAACACCGCGGUCGAUUCGGUCGAGCAGGAACUGCUGUUUGUGGGAAACGAGAGCGGUAAACUGCUGGCGUUUCGAGAGAUGGUACACCAGGGACUGAAUCCACCGGUGUUGGUUUUCGUGCAGAGCAAGGAUCGUGCGCAGCAGUUGUUUACGGAGCUGAUUUAUGAUGGGCUGAAUGUGGACGUUAUCCAUGCCGAUCGGAGCCAGAAGGAAAGGGAUAAUGUGGUACGGUCGUUUCGGGAAGGGAAGAUUUGGAUUCUCAUCUGUACGGAACUGAUGAGCAGGGGUAUCGACUUUAAAGGCGUCAAUGUGGUGGUGAACUUUGAUUUUCCACCGUCAACCAUUAGUUACGUUCAUAGAAUUGGGCGGACGGGUCGUGCCGGAAGACGCGGAAAGGCGGUUACGUAUUUCACCAAGGAUGACACCACUAAUCUUCGAAGCAUUGCCCAGCUGGUGAAGCAGGCAGGAGGCAACGUUCCGGAGUAUAUGCUUAAGCUGAGAAAAAGAUCGGGGAAGGAGAAGAAAAAGCUGCAACAGAAGGCACCGAAACGGGCGGCCAUCAGGACACUGCCUGCAUUUGAGAUGCAGGAACGUGCCAAAAAGAAGAAACUAAUCGCCCGAUCGAAAGCGAAGAAAAACGGCGGCGAAUCUGCGGCCGUUGUUAAGAACCGUGACAAAACGAAAGGGCACAAGAAAAAGCACCAACAGCGCAAUGGACGAAAAAAGGACGACGAAUAGAAGAUAUUCUUUUCGAUCCUAUUUUCCUUAAAUCCUCAUUUUGUUCGA